CUCCUUCUCCCUGCGAGUGAGCCCUCUCGCUAACAGACGAUCCUCUCCUCUGCUAACCCUCUCAACAGCCGGUGUCUCCAUGGAUGAAUUAUAGGAUAUUUUAGGGGUGUUUUCUGCUUCUCUCCGCCGCAGAUUCUCGCCGAACACUCGGAUGUUUCUCCCCGUGUUUCCUUCCUGAUGAGCGGCCCGGAGGCUGUGAUCCCAGCGGCUCCCGGAGGAUGGAGGGGCUGAGCGGGGCCCGGCUCCUCGGCCCGGUGCUCCUCCUCUCCUCUCUGGCGGCUCUGGUGAGCUGCCACCCCGGGACCUGCAGGCACCAAGCCCCGCCGCCCGAGGAGGUGGUCCAUCAGGUUCACCUGAAGCCUGAGCGGCUGACGAAGAGGAGCUCACCUGAAGACCUCCAGCUGCAGAUUGAGAUCAUCUACGACCACAGCGUGGACCAGCUUCCUGCAGACCAGAGGAGGCUGGUGAAGGAUAAGCUGUUUCCUCAGGCCAUCGAUUACCUGCAGAAGGUGUUCAGCGUCCGGCGCCGUGUCGGCCCGGUUCUGCUCAGCAGACAAUGCUCCACCAAUCAGUACCUGAGGAAGAGAGAUGACCCUCACAGGUACUGCCAGGACGCCUGCGCUGACCUGACCCGCUGCGGCCCCGUCAGCGUGCCACAGCACCACCUGCAGCAAUGCAAGGUGUGCAGUGAGUCGGGGAAGUCGUGCGGUCCCAUCGGGCCUCCGGACGGUCCCGGGGUCGAGGGGUCGGACUUCGUUCUGUACGUCAGCGGCGUCACAACGGAGCGCUGCGGGCAGGAGAACAUCGUGGCCUACGCUGCAUACUGCCAGCUGGAGGCAGAGCUCGACAGGCCGAUAGCAGGCUACGCUAACCUGUGUCCUGCCAUGAUCUCCUCCCAGCCUCAGGAGUUUGAAGGCAUGCUCUCCACCGUCAAACACGAGAUCAUCCACGCUCUGGGCUUCUCCGCGGGGCUGUUCGCCUUCUACCACGACGACGAGGGGAAACCUCUGACUCCACGCUUCGCCAGCGGCCUGCCCGCCUUCAACGAGAGCCUGGGUCUGUACCAGUGGAGCGAGGCGGUGAUCCGGAGGGUGGUCCGGCUGUGGGACAUCAGAGGAGGAGAGACGGUCCGACACCAGGUCCACGUGCUGGUGACCCCCCGCGUCGUGGAGGAGGCCCGGAGACACUUUAACUGUCCCAUCCUGGAGGGCAUGGAGCUGGAGAACCAGGGGGGAACCGGGACGGAGCUGAACCACUGGGAGAAGAGACUGCUGGAGAACGAGGCGAUGACGGGCUCCCACACUCAGAACCGGGUGUUCUCGCGCCUCACGCUGGCCCUCAUGGAGGACAGCGGCUGGUACAGAGCCAACUACAGCCUGGCAGAGCGGCUGGACUGGGGCCGGGGGCUCGGCUGCGACUUCGUGAUGAAGAGCUGCAAGUUCUGGAUGGACCGGCAGAGACAGAGGCGCUCCUCAGUGACUCCAUACUGUGACACAGUGAGAGCUUCUCCUCUGCAGCUCACCUGCAGACAGGACCAGCUGGCUGUGGCCGUCUGUAACCUGCAGAGAUACAGUGAGGAGCUGCCACUGGAGUACCAGUACUUUGACAGCAUCCCAGACGUGCCCUCUGAUCAGCUGGCGUUGUUCGGGGGGGCAGUGGAGAUCGCAGACUUCUGUCCCUUCAGUCAGGAGUUCAGCUGGCACCUGAGUGGAGAGUAUCAGAGGAACUCGUACUGCAGGGUGUCCCUCAACCAGCCCG